CUUUCCUGGCAGUCCUCGCGGUGCAGUAGCCGAGUGCGGCUGAUCGGAAGGCUUCCAUCCCUCCUCCGUCCAUUAGCUCGACAACCUUCAUGCGAGCUCUCUUGCUGACAUGUGAACCCUCUUUCUCAUCAGCGAGAUCCUAUCGAUUUAUUCAUCCUCUUGCAAGAAUCGUCUCCUAUCUUCACCCCCCAAUUUCCCAUUCGAAAACGAUUCCACAGCAACCAUGAGCUCCAAAGCCCCAUCAAAGCGUCUCAUCACGCCCGACGACAUCAAUAAACUGCGUGAUCUCCUCUCCAGCACCGACGCCCACGUCCGCGCCCCAUCAGACGCAGACUACGACAAAUCUAUCAGCAGGUGGUCAUCCGCUGCUCAGAAGCCGGCGGGUGUCGCCAUUGUCCCGACAACCGCCCAGGAAGUUUCCAUCGCAGUCAAAUACGCCAGCGAAAAUGGCAUCGAUCUCGCGGUGAAGUGUGGCGGCCAUUCUACCGCCGGCGUCAGCAGCACGAAUGGCGGGUUGUUGAUUGAUUUAGGGCGUAUGCGAGGUGUGGAUGUUGAUGCUGAGAAGCGGCUGCUGCACGUGCAGGGCGGUGCGUUGUGGAUGGAUGUCGAUGCUGCGGCUUGGAAGCAUGGUUUGGCUACUGUUGGGGGUACAGUGGCUGAUACUGGUGUUGGUGGACUGACUCUUGGUGGAGGGUAUGGGCAUUUGUCUGGAGGGUUGGGGCUGGUGAUUGACAACACCGUCUCGUUUACGGUGGUCCUUGCCAACGGCGAGAUCAAGACGGCCAGCAAGCACGAGAACGAGGAUUUGUUCUGGGCUCUGAACGGCGCCGGGCAGAACUUUGGCGUCGUCACCGAGUUCGUCUUGCAGGCCUACCCGCAAAAGGAGCUAUACAUGGGCAUGCUUCUAUUCCCACCCACCCCAGAAGUCAUCACCAAGCUCGUCGCCAUCAUCAACGACCUCUUCACCAUCCACCAAACCCCCGAAGGCCCGCAAGCAAAAGUCAAAGGCCAGCUCGGCAGCCUGAUCGGCUUCGCCAAACCGCCGCCCGCAGGCGGCGAGACGAUGAUCCUCAUGACGCUCGUCUUCAACGGCACCGAAGAGGAAGCGAAACCCCUUCUCCAACCGCUAUUCGACCUCAACCCAGCCGUCAACGCCAUGCGCAUGGACGCCUACCCCGAGGCCAACAAGCUGAUCCCGCAGGAGUACGGGCUGCGCAGCAGCAUGAAGGGCGCGGCGUUUAUGCUUCCCGUGCGCGAGCAGUUCUUCAACGACUGCAAAGAGACAUUCGAGAAGUUCAUCGAUUCCUGCGACGAUGCGGCGGGCUCGGUGGUGGCGUGGGAGCUGUUCGAUCCGUCCAAGGUGGCGGAGCUGAGUACGGGCAGUUUCGCCAAUCGCGGCCACCAUUUGAACAGUCUCGUCAUGCCGGUGUGGAAGCAGGCGGAGAACGACAAGCGGUGUCGCCAGUUUGCGCGCGAUGUGAGUAAUAUGUUCAAGGAGGAGAUUGAGUUGCAGGGCAAGCAGGCGAGUGAGGGCUUGGAGGGCGGGGCGGGCGUGAGGGGCAAGCAGGGCGCUGUGAUGUUGUAUGGGAACUACGAUCAAUACGAGGAGAUUUCAAAAGACAUCUUCGGCUCCAACUACCCCGAGCUGCAGAAGCUGAAGGCAAAGUACGACCCGACGAACAUGUUUGAUAAGUUGUUCGCCAUCACCCCGGACAAAGCGCGGGCGUGAGAGUUGAUGAGACGCACCGGUUCAUACGGUACAUUAAGGAAGAUCUGAAUGACUACACUCCAUGACCCUUUUCAGCUCCAUAGAACCAAAAUGCUACCCGCAAUGCCUCGUUCACGCACCCCCCGCCUCAGCAUCCUCAUCCUCCU